CCAAAGUUCCAACUGCUAAAGUCCAUUAUUACAACUACAAAAAAGUGUGUUUGUUAGAUUUAGAUUUCGACGGAGCCUCCAAUAUAGGCUUUGCCAUUGUCACUCCCACCCUCGUUUUCAUCGACACACACACACACACACACACACCAAUAUACCAACUAACUAACACACUCAUUAUUCAUUCAUUGCAUUGUUCCUUCAUUCUCUCUCUCUCUCAAUUCACAUCAAUGGAGGCAACAAUGUCAGCAGCUUGCAAAUCUCUCGCCUCACCAUCCACCGUUCCCGUCACAGGUUUAUUUACGGCCAGAGGAGGAUUGAAAUCAUCGAAUUCGCAUUCUCGGUGUAGUUUUUUGACGGGGAACAAUAAGGUGAAGUUUCCGAGGCAAAUUACUCAACAUUCAUCUAAACAACAACACCGUCGAGCACUUCAUUCCUAUGCUCUUCCUGUAACUUGUCGUGCUGAAAAGAUUCUCAUUGCCAAUAGAGGCGAAAUUGCUGUUCGUGUUAUUCGUACUGCUCAUGAAUUAGGGAUUCCUUGUGUUGCUGUUUAUUCAACCAUUGAUAAAGAUGCUCUUCAUGUUAAAUUGGCUGAUGAAGCUGUUUGCAUCGGCGAAGCUCCCAGUAGCCAAUCGUAUUUAGUGAUUCCGAAUAUUUUGGCUGCUGCUUCUGGUCGCAAUUGCACAAUGUUGCAUCCUGGAUAUGGUUUUCUAGCUGAGAAUGCUGUCUUUGUUGAAAUGUGUAGAGAACAUGGAAUCAAUUUUAUUGGCCCAAAUCCUGACAGUAUUCGGGUUAUGGGUGACAAAGCAACUGCUAGAGAAACAAUGAAGAAAGCAAAUGUUCCUACUGUUCCCGGAAGUGAGGGACUAUUGCAGAGCACUGAAGAAGCUAUCAGGCUGGCACAUGAGAUUGGUUUCCCUGUGAUGAUCAAGGCAACCGCAGGUGGUGGAGGACGUGGCAUGCGUCUUGCUAAAGAACCUGAGGAGUUUGUGAAGUUAUUACAGCAAGCUAAGAGUGAGGCAGCUGCUGCAUUUGGAAAUGAUGGGGUUUAUUUGGAGAAGUACAUUCAAAACCCAAGGCACAUUGAAUUCCAGGUUCUUGCAGAUAAAUAUGGUAAUGUUGUUCACUUCGGAGAACGUGAUUGCAGUAUCCAGAGGCGUAAUCAGAAACUACUUGAAGAAGCACCGUCUCCUGCAUUGACCCCAGAGUUACGGAAGGCAAUGGGAGAUGCAGCAGUUCAGGCUGCCGCAUCUAUCGGUUACAUAGGUGUUGGAACGGUUGAGUUCCUUUUGGAUGAAAGGGGUUCUUUUUACUUCAUGGAGAUGAACACUCGUAUCCAGGUUGAACAUCCCGUGACAGAAAUGAUUUCCUCCGUUGAUUUGAUAGAAGAGCAAAUUCGUGUAGCUUUGGGAGAAAAGCUCCGAUACAAACAGGUACUGAAGGAAAUAUUUCACUUGCAAUUCUUUAGAAUCUUUCUCUCAUCAUCGUUUUUCCUACAGGAGGAUAUUGUGCUCAGAGGACAUUCUAUUGAAUGCCGUAUCAAUGCAGAAGAUGCUUUUAAGGGAUUUAGACCAGGGCCAGGUAGAAUUACAGCAUACUUGCCAUCUGGAGGUCCAUUUGUCAGAAUGGAUAGCCAUAUUUAUCCUGAUUACGUUGUUCCUCCAAGCUAUGAUUCUCUUCUUGGAAAGCUGAUUGUAUGGGCUCCAACUAGAGAAAAAGCAAUUGAGCGCAUGAAAAGGGCACUUGAUGACACUAUUAUCACAGGAGUUCCUACAACAAUUGAUUAUCAUAAACUUAUCCUUGACAUAGAGGAUUUCAAAACUGGCAAGGUUGAUACUGCUUUUAUUCCAAAGCACGAGGAAGAAUUGGCUGUGCCCCCACCGCCGAAGAUGGUAUUAGUUAACAAGGUGACAGAACCAGAACCAGAACGAGAACCAGUUGCCUUGCCUGCCUGAUGGAUAUGACUACGCGGUGCCGCCCCUAUAAAGAAUUUGCAUUGUUGUAAUCAAUAUGUAGUCUGUGCGUGCUUGUGAAAGUUCUAAUGAAAUUUUGAUUAGUCUCCCACAAUAAACUGUUCAAUAAUUAUAUUUUAAAAUGAAUUAAUUAAUUUCAUGUUUAAUUUAUCGUCCCAAAUGUUAGUGCUAGGUUAUGGGGUUUCACAAUGUUUUAUUUGAGGAACCGUCUCAUUUUGUGUUUGUAAUUCUUGUAUUAAGAACACAAUUUUAGAUAAGAGUAAUAAACUAAGCCCAGCAAGUUGAAUUUAUUAUUAA